AUGGCAGUACAGACGCAUUUUGACUACAAGGUCAAGUUCGUUCGACACGAUGGUGCACGAGAAUUUGCGGCGAAUUCGCUCAAGGCAUUUCACGAUGAUCAAGGAAUCGAGCAGCAAGUUACCGUUCCGUAUGCGCAUCAGACCAACGGCACGGCGGAACGGGCAAUUCGGACCAUUGUGACGAUCGGGCGCAGCAUGCUUCACUACGCCAAGCUGGACAAGUGUUUUUGGGCUGAAGCAGCAAUGACGGCGAUCUACAUCAAGAAUCGCCUACCAUCGCCCAAGUGCCAAGAUCGAACCCCAUUCGAGAUCGUCAACGGAUUUCGACCAAGUGUGAAGCACAUGCGGGUUUUCGGCUGCCGAACGUUUGUGCUGACCCCUAAGGAAAAGAGAUCGAAAUGGGAUCCGAAGGCUCGUGAAGGACUAUUCAUGGGGUACGAAGAAGUGUCAAAGGCAUAUCGCGUUUACGACAUUGAAGCGGAUCAAGUGGUGAUAUCUCGCGAUGUCACAUUCGACGAAUCAACGUUUGGUUUCUCGCCUACGCUACCACAAGAAAUUGUUGAUGACACUGCGCUGGAUAUCGAAUCGAUGGACAUCAGCGAUGAGCCUCACCCUAUGCAGUUCAAGAAAACUGGAAAACGCAAAAGCCGUUCAAACAGCCAAGAACAAGCUCUGCAACGGACACUUCCUGAGCGUCGUGGAACCGGGUUCGAAGAAGCAAGUGCACCGGAUGAAUUUGAAACGCACCAAGCGAAGCGACGAUCAAGCGCUCGAGCCAAUCUGGACGAAGAGCGAAAGGGCAGUGACGAAGAUAACGAGGAUGCUACACCUCAAGUCUUUUGGCGAGCGAGUGCCAAUGCAGUCGAAGGUACUGACUUGUCUGAGCCGACAACGUUUAAAGAUGCUGUUGAUGGACCGGAUCAAGUGCAUUGGCGAAAAGCUAUCUGUGCCGAGUUGGACUCGAUGAAACUUCGUGGCAUCAAGCGGAAAGCUAAUGGAUCCAUUGAGAAAUACAAGGCGCGUCUCGUGGCAAAAGGGUUCAAGCAGAAAUAUGACAUCGACUACACGGAGACGUUUUUGCCGGUAGUCAAGUACGUGACGCUGCGCAUGGUAGUUGCAAUCACGAAGUACUUUGACUGGACACUGGACCUACUGGACGUGGUGACAGCUUUGCUAUGCGGAGAGAUGAAGGAAAAGGUAUUCUGCGCGAUCCCAGAAGGGGUCGAAGUUGAUGAAGACUUGGACUGCUUCGAAUUGUUGAAGGCGAUCUACGGACUAAAACUAGCAUCGCGCGUAUGGAACGAGACUUUCCAUGAGUUCGUCUGCUCCAUUGGAUUCCAAGUAUCCGAUUUUGACCCGUGUCUUUAUCUCAAGAUUACAAGUGGCGAGUGCGUGCUUUUUCUGGUAUACGUCGAUGAUGUGUUGGUGACUGGCAGCUCAACCGAACUGAUUAUGCGCACCAAGAGUGACUUAAAGGCGCGUUUCGAAAUGACCGACAGUGGGAAGUGCGCAUUCGUGUUGGGCAUCGAGCUGGUGGACAAUGACAACGGUAGCGUGACGAUGUGCCAGCAACGCUACGUGGAAAAUGUUCUCAAGCGUUUUGGCAUGAGCGACUGCAAAGCCGUCACCAGCCCAACAGACAUCAGUUCUCGACUCAUACCAAGUACCGCAGCAACUAAAAUCGACGCCCCGUUUCGUGAAGCAGUAGGCGAUCUGAUGCACUUGAUGACCGCGACACGACCGGACAUUGCCUUUGCUGUGAGUAACGUUUCGCGCUUCAUGGAGAACCCCCAAGUCGAGCAUUGGAUGGCGGUCAAGCGCAUUUCGCGAUACUUACAAGGGACUAAGUCGCACGGUAUCUGUUUCAAGCCUGAUGACAAGAUAGACUUCUGUGGCUACUCGGAUGCAGACUGGGCCGGCGACCAUGCAGACCGCAAGUCGACUUCAGGAUAUGCGUCUAUCCUGAUGGGUGCUCCGUGGGUGCAUCGAUUGCUGUGCGAGAUUCUGGAUGCCGCGGAGAACAAGUCCGGACCCGAGCUCAAGGUCAUGGAAGAUAACCAAUCGUGCAUCAAGAUAACGAAGAAUCCUGUGAACCAUGGUCGGGCCAAGCACAUCGACAUCAAGUACCAUCACAUUCGUGAUGAAGUCAAGCGUGGUGAUUUCAAGCUGGAGAACUUUGAGACUACGAUUUUGUUGGCGGACAUCAGGACCAAGGGACUGCCAGGACCGUGUCACAAGGAAUUGACGGCAGCGCUUGGCAUACACGUGUGUUCACAUUGA